AGCUGUCUUUGAUAAGGGUUUUACAGACUUUACUAUACGCGUGCGACAACGCAAGUUGUGCUAAAGGGUCAGGAACAUAAAAGUGAACCAACUUUCACCUGUCACUAAACAUACCUUUAUUGGAUGGAUUGGAGUUUGGUGUAAAGAAAAAACCUCCCUUCAACGUGAUACAGAGUGGGUAUAUAAUUUUGCUGCAGUAUAUUUAAGACUCUCUUUUAAACUCUGCUCAUUCUAUUCGAACAGCUGUCGCACAAAAAUCAGUACAUUUACAAUCUGUGGCGCGACCUCGUUUCCGGCUUUUGACAUUUGUCGAAUCGAAGUUGACUGAAAAUCUUUAUUGAUUGCGCUGAAAAGUGAUUUAUGAUACAAAACGAGCAGAGUUCGCGCGGGAGUAUGGUGAUGUUCGAUUAGCGCGAAGCGAAACGCCCUCGGCGGGGUGCGAUCCUCGCGGGCGGGCGCCGCAGCGGAGCUCGCAACGCCCCGUCCGGGCGGGAUGCGCCAGUGAGCCCUCGGGGCCUCGGGCUUGAGCGCGGGCGCGGGCAGGCUGUCGGGGAUGGCGGCGGACACGGGCGGCUCGGCGCCGCAGGGGGGCGCGGGCGGCCCCGAGGAGACGCUCGAGUCGCUGCUGCGCGAGGCGGAGGCGCUCAAGCAGAAGCUGGAGGAGGAGCGGCAGAAGCUCAACGAUGUGACGCUGGCGAGUGUGGCGGAGCGGCUGGAGGCCAUCAACUUCCCGAACCUGAAGCCGCGGCGCGUGCUGAAGGGCCACCAGGCCAAGGUGCUCUGCUCUGACUGGUCGCAGGACAAACGCCACAUUGUCUCCUCCUCACAGGAUGGCAAGGUGAUAAUCUGGGACGCGUUCUCGGCCACGAAGGAGCUGACCAUCGCGAUGCCCAGCACGUGGGUGAUGGCCUGCGCGUACGCCCCCUCGGGCAGCAUGGUGGCCGCGGGCGGGCUGGACAACAAGGUGACGGUGUUCCCGCUGGGCGAGGAGAACAAGGAGGAGGGCGGCGCGCGCAAGCGCACGGUGGCGACGCACACGUCCUACGUGAGCUCCGUGCUGUUCCCGCGCACCGACCGCCAGCUGCUCACCGCCUCGGGCGACGGCUCGGCCGCGCUGUGGGACGUGGAGUCCGGCCAGCUGCUGCAGACCUUCCAGGGGCACGCGGCGGACGUGCUGGCGCUGGACCAGUCGCCGUCGGACACGGGCGACACGUUCGCGUCGGGCGGCGCCGACCGCGCCGUGCUCGUGUGGGACAUGCGCUCCGGCGCCGCCGUGCAGGCCUUCGACACGCACCGCUCCGACGUCACCAGCGUGCGCUUCCACCCCGGCGGCGACGCGCUCGCCUCAGGCGCGGACGACGCGGCGUGCCGGCUGUUCGACCUGCGCGCGGACCGCGAGGUGGCGCGCUACGCGAAGGACUCGAUCAUCUUCGGCGUGAACAGCGUGGACUGGUCGCUGUCGGGCCGCCUGCUGUUCGCCGGCUACAGCGACUACACCGCGAGCGCGUGGGACGCUCUGAGAGCGCAGCGCGUGUGCGUGCUGUGCGGCCACGAGCACAGGGUCUCGCGCGUGCAGCUCGCGCCCGACGGCGCCGCGCUAGCCACCGCCUCCUGGGACUCCACGCUGCGGAUCUGGGCGUAAACGGCGCUCUUCUCUUCCCGGUCUUGAUAUUUAUUCCAAUACGUAGUAGAGUAAGCGGCGGCGGCGGCGGCCAGUGUGCAAUGUAACAUAAUAUACGUGUAGGACGGCCGGCGGCCGCUACCCAACACAGUCGAGUGGUGAAACCCAGAUAAACCUAUUCUGAAGGACUAGUCUACCUCUAGGCAGCAGGAUGAAUUGGAAUUUUGAAUACUGUUAAGGUACAAAAACUUAUAAGAAAGACUUACAGUUUGUGUAUGGCGGCGAUAAAUUGUUCCAACAUAUGGUUGCAGCAUAUCGAAAGCCACCUUGAAAAGUGUUGGUGUUAAAAAUAAUUUAAUCAGAAUGAUACGUCUCUUGGCAAGUUUCGGCUUGAGUAAAAGUGCCAACUUGAAAAAAAAAA